GGGGAUCAUGGGAAGUGUAGUGGAUGAUUUUCAGGGCAGCGCUUUCCUCUGUUCAGCGGGGCAGAUGUGGAAGACUACAAUCCCAACGGCGCUGGUUUUGCUGUCUUUGGCUCAGUUUCUGUCGACGUGGGAAAAGCGGCGCAAGAGCAAACAACACUCAAAUCUUAUGGGUGUAUGCGCUUGAGAUGAUACGAGUGUCAUGCGAGAGGACGCGUGUCUCUGAAAACAGAUUCCAGCAUGUGGCUCAAACCCGAGGAGGUGCUUCUCAAAAACGCUCUGAAAUUAUGGGUGACGGAGAAAUCCAGCGAUUACUUUGUACUGCAGCGCAGACGCGGAUACGGAGAAGACAGCGGCGGAUUGACAGGCCUGCUGGUUGGAACUUUGGACACAGUUUUUGACUCCACAGCCAAAGUCGCCCCGUUUCGCAUUUUACACCAGACGCCCGACUCUCAGGUGUACUGGAGCAUUGCCUGUGGUGAGAGAGAUGCUGCACACCGUGUUAAUGUGUAUGUGAAGGCUCAGACUUCUAUAAUGUGUGUGUGUGUGUGUGCAGGAGCAUCUUCAGAGGAGAUCUCACAGCACUGGGACUGGCUGCAGCAGAACAUCAUCAGAACUCUCUCUGUGUUCGAUUCUGGUGAAGACAUCACCAGUUUUGUCCAGGGAAAGAUACGGGGUCUGAUAGCAGAGGAGGGCACAUCAGCCGGUGACGAGGAGGAUCCCGAACGCUUCCGGGAGGCUGUGCUGCGCUUUGAACAUCUGUUCGGUUUGCCUCAGAGAGAGAAGCUUGUGACGUAUUUCUCUUGCAGCUACUGGAGAGGACGAGUGCCACACCAGGGCUGGAUCUACCUCAGCACCAACUUCCUGUGUUUCUACUCCUAUAUGCUGGGAAAUGAGGUGAAACUGGUGUAUCCCUGGGACGAGGUGAGCCGCCUGGAACGUACGUCAAAUGUGUUGUUGGCAGAGAGCAUCCGUGUGUGUGUGCGUGGAGAGGAUCAUUACUUCUCAAUGCUUCUGAGACUCCAGCAGACAUACCUGAUAAUGCAGCAGCUGGCCGAAUACGCCAUUGUGCGCUUCUUCGACAAAGAAACAUUUAAUGCUGAACAUCCACUAGCCAACCCUCUUCACAUCAUGCAGAGGGCUCUGGAAAUCCAUGCACGCAAUCAGUCAUUUCGAGCAUUUUUCCGGUUGCCGCAGGAGGAGAAUCUUUGUGAAGUGCAUGAGAGUUUCCUCUGGGUUCCAUUCAGCCAUGUAAAUACGCUUGGAAAAAUUUGUGUCUCUGAGAACUAUCUGUGCUUUGCAAGUCAAGAUGGGUCUCAGUGCCAUCUCAUAAUCCCUCUAUGGGAGGUGUUUAGUGUGGAGCUGCCAGAUCGUGGUAGUCGUGCCCUGUCUGUGUGUCUUCGUGGCAAGAGAGCUUUGCGUUUUUCUGAGGUUCGGGAUUUUGAGCGACUUGCUGCCACCAUCCGCAGAAAGUGUGGGACAGCAGGAAGCCCUCAACACUACAUCAACAAUCCGGAUGAGGAGGGUGUUAUGGUGGGGCAAAGUCAAGCCGUCAGCACUGAAGCUCUUAUGAACGUCUUUCAUCCGCAUGAUGCAGAAAACCUUGACCCCAAAAUGCUGAAAGAACGAAUGAAGGAGCAGUCGUGGCAGAUCCAUUUUGCUGAAUACGGCCGUGGAUCUGGAAUGUUUUGCACCAAAAAAACACGGGAUCUCAUUGUACGAGGAGUUCCAGAGACUCUCAGAGGAGAACUGUGGAUGCUCUUCUCAGGUGCAGUUCAUGACAUGACCUCUCAUCCCGGAUACUAUGGACGGCUUUUGGAGGAGUGUAUGGGCAGCAGCUCGCUUGCAUGUGAUGAGAUUGAGAGAGAUCUGCAUCGCUCACUCCCAGAACACCCAGCAUUCCAGAGUGACACAGGAAUCUCGGCUCUUCGACGCGUCUUGACUGCCUACGCUCAUCGGAACCCCAAAAUCGGCUACUGCCAGGCGAUGAAUAUCCUGACGUCUGUGUUGCUGCUGUAUGCUAAAGAAGAAGAGGCUUUCUGGCUGCUGGUUGCUGUGUGUGAACGAAUGCUGCCAGACUACUUCAACCGUAGAAUUAUUGGAGCCCUGGUGGACCAGGCUGUGUUCGAGGAACUGAUCCGUGAGCAUCUUACCCAGCUGACCGAACAUAUGACGGACCUGUCAUUCUUCUCGUCAGUGUCGUUGUCAUGGUUCCUGACUCUCUUCAUCAGCGUACUGCCAAUAGAGAGCGCUGUGAAUGUUGUCGACUGCUUCUUUUAUGAUGGUAUCAAAGCCAUCCUGCAGCUUGGCCUUGCUGUCCUUGACUACAAUAUGGAUAGUCUUCUUUGUUGCACUGAUGACGCAGAAGCUGUCACAGUCCUCAACAGGUUUUUUGACAGUGUCACAAAUAAAGACAGUCCCCUGCCAGCUACUGUACAGCAGGCAUCUGCAGCAGCCAAUGACAAAACAAUACAAAAGGUUGACAUCAGCGAUCUCAUUAAAGAGGCAUACGAGAAAUAUGGAAGCAUUCGAACAGAGGAAGUGGAAAACAUGCGGAAGAGGAACAAGCUUUAUGUCAUCCAAACACUAGAAGACACAACAAAACAAAAUGUACUGCGUGUUGUUGCUCAAGAUGUGAAAUUCAGUGCUGCUCAUCUGGAUGAGCUCUACAUGCUUUUUAAGAGGCAGCACUUUGUGAGCUGUUACUGGUCAGUAUGUAGUCCUGCCCUGCAGAACCAUGACCCCAGCCUGCCAUAUCUGGACCAGUAUCUGCUGGAUCAGUCCCAGUUUAGUAGCCUGUUUGCCCUCCUGCAGCCGUGGACCACACACACGCAUGUGCGCUCACUGGCACGAUCAGCCUUCCGGCUUCUGGACGCGAAUGGAGACGGACUUGUGAACUUCAAAGAAUUCAUAUGCGGCCUGGAUAUCCUAUACAACAGAUCUUUCACAGAAAAACUAAAAUUUCUCUUCAAACUGCACCUUCAACCAGGGACCCAGGAGUGUAAGAUUUUACCGUCAUCUAGAUUUUUUCCUCCGGCUGAAGAUCACUCUUUCUCUACUCGUCUUUCUGACUCUGCAGAGGAUGGAGUGAUCAGAAAAUGUCCAGAGAGAGGUCGUGCUAAAGUAGAUCUGCAGGAAUAUCUGAAACAGUGGCAGGAAGAUUUGCAACGGAGAGAGGAGAAUAUCAAAGAUCUGCCCAGAAUUAAUCAGGUGCAGUUUAUUGGUUUGACGAAGACUCUGUAUGGGGUGUUCCAUGGCACCGAGGAGGAGGAGAGUCUGUACCGCGCUGUGACGCGAGUGACCAGUCUUCUGCUGCGCAUGGAGGAGGUAGGGCGGAAGCUACAGGAGAGCAGCCUGCAGAAAAUGCCUCAAAGUACACCCACCAGCACGGAUCAGCCAGAGACCUCCCCAACAUUACCCACCAGCCCUGAGACCAAAACCCUCACUGAGGGUGAAGGCGACCAACCCGAGUCUCUGGCCAGUCCACAAGAAACUGCCCCAUCCCACACUGACAUUACCCCAACCUCAACCUCACGUCCUUCCACUCCCACCAGCAGUCCCACCGGAACCAGCAGCCCCGUGUUGGACACGCCAACAGACACCCCCAGCUCGCCCUCUGCGGUCAGAGAUGGGGACUGGAGUUUCUCCUUCGAGCAGAUUCUUGCAUCUCUUCUGAAUGAACCGUCUGUCGUUCGCUUCUUCGAACGGGCCGUUGACACAGAUUCUCUGAUCGCACACGCAUGCAAAAACCAGCUUAAAGUUGCACACUAACACACUAUAUCAGAGCAAUCACAGCAAAACACUGCCCUAAAAGCCAUAAACCCUCUCCCUUCCUCUUCCCUUUUUCUGUGCGACUGUGUGUACAGGUCCGUGUUUGUGAAACACUCAUAUCCGUUACAGAUGAGGAAAUUGUUUUAUUUAUAUACAGAUGCACAUAUGCAGGACAAUUACAAGAUCAAAGCCACCCCCCCCAAAAAUAA